GUUACGGACAAAUUCACGGAGAGCAUGUAUGUCCUGGCCAACGAGCCCUCCGUGGCAUUGUACCGGCUCCAGGAGCACGUGCGGAGAUCCCUUCCGGAGCUCGCGCAGCACAAGUCCGACAUGCAGAGCUGGGAGGAGCAAAGCCAAGGAGCCAUCUACACGGUGGAGUAUGCCUGCAGUGCCAUAAAGAACAUGACUGACAGCAGCAUGUACUUCAAGAGCAUCGACAGUCUGCUCAAACAUGCCAUAGCCAUGAAGGACCAGCUGAACGCAGCUCAGGGCCGCAGCGCCGUUGCUCCACAAGCCAAGAAUCCUCCAGCCAGUUCCUGAUUUCAGCCAAGACUGGCCAUCCUCUGCCGCCUUCUCCAGCCCAGCUCUAUGUUCUCCAACCACGGGCAGGAGUGAGAAACCACCUGCUCAAUCUGUGAAGCUGCACAGAGGCCUCUGCCUCCCUCUCUGCUCCCAGUGACAAGGUGCUGCACCUAAGCAGGCAAAUCCUGCCACUGGGGUCAGGACUGCCUUUGGGGGGGGUGCUUUGGGGGAGCACUGGUGUCCCUUUCCACAGCACUCUGCAAAAGAGAAAUGGGGUGGUGCUGCAUUUGUCCUUUCCAGUUCUUUUUGAUGGCAGACUGCUACAGGGCGUUUUUCUCUCUACCUCUUGGCCACAGAAAUAUCUCAGAAAAACUAGGUCUUGCUUUCAGUGUUUUGUAG